AUGGACUGCUCACAGUGCACCUCCGCGCUUCUUUCACAACUCGACCGACUCCCUCCGUCCCUCAUAGAGGUUCUCCGCACUGGUUCAAAUCAGGAAUACCUUGAUAGUAUAGCUUCGAUAGCACUCACGCCACACCUUACGGACAAGAUUUUCGUCAGUUGCGAACCACUUUUCGCCGAAAUCUGCGCUCGAUGGACCUCAGGACCGAGCAACUCUCCUUUGGGGCGAAUCGCGGCGCUGGGGCGCAUCCUACCUUUCGCGCCAUAUCUGGCGGAAUAUGCAGAAAAUUACCUAGCGGCGCUAUCGGCUUCGGGCAAGAAGCUGGAUGCGCUCAUAUCAGCAAGGUCAAUAGCGCCGGCUAAGGAUGGAGUCUCAGAGGCCGACCUACGCGAACUCCUACACGGUCUUUUCCGGCUCCUUGUCCUUGACAGAUCCUCUUUUGGCCGCUUCGUCAAGAUCUCAACCCUACAAAACCUUUUGCAACACGGCGAUCGGGCUACACGCUAUCUUGCUAUAAGGGUACUGUGUCUGCAUCUGCAAGCAGCUGAUGCAGCCAUGCAAGCCAUGAUCGCAAAACACCUAGGGGCGGGUCCCAUUUUGGGCCUUUGGGAAGGAAGAAACAUAGACUACAGGUUCUUUAGUCUCUGGGAAGAGAAGCGAUCUGAAGACGUGAGCAAGCGGUUGCUAGAAGCGCGUCUUCUACGGGAGAACAGCGUUGAAGAGCCGAAACAUUGCCGUGUUGUCACUCAGGAGGAUCUAAUGGAUAUGGUGGUCGAAGUAUAUGGACUGCUUUUGCCGCGGCUAGGAGCUCAUAUUUUGGAGAACUCGCACCACUUCUCGCUUGUUCCAACCGCGACCAUUGUCCGAAACGUGAAAUCUGUGGCCGAGGGUCUUUUGAGUCCGCAGCCACUCUUGCUUACCGGGCUCGCUGGUUCCGGAAAAACGCUCGUUGUAACGCACCUAGCCAGACUGCUAAACAAGCUGUCUACGAUGAUCACUCUUCACUUGAACGAGCAGAGUGAUGCGAAGCUUCUAAUCGGGAUGUACACAGCUGGAGCCACGCCAGGCACGUUUGCAUGGAAGCCUGGUGUCUUGACAACAGCCGUUCGCGAAGGCCGCUGGGUGUUCAUCGAGGACCUUGAUCGAGCGCCAAACGAAGUCAUCAGUACACUUCUCCCCUUGAUCGAAACCGGCGAGCUUUUGAUACCGGGCCGAGGAGAAGUCAUCCGUGCAGCGCGGGGCUUCAAGCUCAUAGCCACGAUGCGCAGCAGUGUAAACCUUCGAGGCGAGGUAACAAUCCCUGGAUCCAGUAUGCUUGGAGGGCGGUUCUGGCGACACAUCGCAAUACAAAUGCCGGCCGAACAGGAGCUGGCGGAAGUCAUAGCAAAAGCCUACAGUGGUUUAGACGGCCAUGUGCCAUCGAUAAUGGCUAUUUACUCACGCUUACGCGCGCUCUCUCAGAGACCUUCGUUCGCGGCUGAGAGCAGAAUGGGUGUGGUGCGACCACUAACCCCUCGUGACCUUUUGAAAUGGUGUAGCAGAGUAUCCGCACUGCUUUCACGGUCGUCCUCAUUCACCGACAGUCACGUCGAUGACAUAUAUCUGGAAGCAGUAGAUUGUUUUGCUGGCAGUUUACCAGUUGGUCGCGCUCGAGAAAUGAUCGUGGCAAUCGUUGCCGAAGAACUGCAGAUUGACCCACAGCGACGGGACCAUCUGCUUACGGACCGUCAAGUCAAGUACGAGCCAUCAGCCAAGGGCUCUGGAGGCGCGUUUCGUAUCGGCAGAGCAAGUCUCAGUCGAAGUCGCCUACCAGCUUCACGGAAAACCAGUGUCAAGAGGCCGUUUGCCACCAAUGGCCACACGGUUCGCAUGCUUGAACGAGUUGCGGUAGCCGUUGAGCAAAGAGAGCCGCUGUUGCUGGUGGGCGAGACGGGCACUGGUAAAACCACCAGUAUUCAGCAUCUCGCAGACCAGCUCGGUUGCAAGCUUGUCGCAUUCAACUUGUCGCAGCAGAGCGAGAGUGGUGAUCUGCUCGGUGGUUUCAAGCCAGUCAACGUCCGAAGUCUAAUCAUACCCAUGAAGGAUGACUUCGACGAUUUAUUCGCAUCGACUUUCCAGAAGAAGGAAAACGAGAAAUUCAUGCAGAUGCUGGGCGAAUCGGUGGCGAAGGGCAAAUGGAGACGUGUCUGCAUCUUGUGGAGAAAGGCACUGAGCAUGGUCGAAGAUCACGCUCGAAAGGCGCACCGAUCACAAACACCGGAAACCGAGGAAGGGGAGCAACCCAAGAAGAAGAGAAAAGUCGCGCUUGCGAAAGAGAGUUUCCCAAAUGCUAGAUGGGAGAAGUUUGCCAAGGAUUUCAGACAGCUGGAUGCUCAGUUGUCGGCCAGGCCGGAUGCUUUCGCGUUCACCUUUGUGGAAGGCAACAUCGUCAAGGCUGUCAGAAAUGGAGACUGGGUCCUCUUAGAUGAGAUCAACCUAGCAUCGCCAGACACGCUCGAAGCUUUAGCCGAUCUUCUCAGCGGUGGCCCUGGCGGCUCUCCCUCAAUUCUGCUGACGGAAACCGGCGACGUUGAGAGAGUGAAGGCGCAUCCGAACUUCCGUAUCUUUGCCGCAAUGAACCCAGCAACCGAUGUAGGCAAGAAAGACCUUCCAGCAGGCAUCCGAUCACGUUUCACUGAGAUAUACGUGGAAAGCCCCGACCGCGACCCGAAAAGCCUGCAUAGCAUUGUCGAGACAUACAUCGGUAAUGCUACAGUCGAUUCGAGCAUUGCCGCAGAUGUGACCGCGUUGUAUCUGAAGAUCCAGAGCUUCGCUGCGCAGAACAUGCUUGUGGACGGUGCCGACCAGAAGCCUCAUUUCAGCCUCCGAACCUUGACAAGAACCUUGUCUUAUGCGAAAGAGAUUGCACCUCAGUGCAGUCUGCGAAGAGCACUGUACGAAGGCUUCCACAUGAGCUUCCUUACCUUCCUCAACAAGACCUCGGAAACCUUACUUGAGCCGAUCAUCAAACAGUAUCUCUUUGGCAAGCACCGCAAUGCUGCAGCAGAGCUAAAGAAAUCCUUGUCUAGACCCGAGGACGACAGCCGCGGAUAUGUAAAAGAAGGUCAUUACUGGUUGCGGCAAGGAGUUUUCUCCGUCGAAGAACAGCCGCACUACAUCAUCACUCCCUUUGUGCGGCGCAACCUGGAUAACCUUAUUCGAGCGGCGUCAACGCGACGUUUUCCGGUUCUGAUCCAGGGACCAACGUCUUCCGGCAAGACUAGCAUGAUCGAGUAUCUGGCUAAGCGGUCGGGCAACAAAUUCGUGCGCAUCAACAAUCACGAACACACGGAUCUUCAAGAGUACCUUGGCACAUAUGUCUCUGGCGCCGAUGGCAAACUGCAGUUCCAGGAAGGCGUUCUUGUGCGCGCAUUGAGGGAGGGCCAUUGGGUAGUGCUCGACGAACUUAACCUGGCGCCGACCGACGUCCUAGAAGCUCUAAACCGCUUACUGGACGAUAACAGGGAGCUACUCAUCCCAGAGACUCAGGAAGUUGUUCGGCCGCACGAAGAUUUCAUGCUCUUUGCUACACAGAAUCCUGCCGGUCUCUACGGCGGUCGUAAGGUUCUUUCGCGAGCAUUCCGCAACCGAUUUUUGGAGCUACAUUUCGAUGAUAUUCCGGUAGAGGAGCUGAACGAAAUCUUGCAGAAGAGAACGCAAGUGCCACCUUCGUGGAGCGAACGCAUCGUCAACGUAUACAAGGAACUAUCGGUCAUGCGGCAGGAAAACCGGCUUUUCGAGCAGAAGAGUUUUGCCACCCUUCGUGAUCUCUUCCGCUGGGCACUUCGAAAAGCUGAUACGGUAGAGCAACUGGCCAUAAAUGGCUACAUGCUUCUCGCUGAGCGCGUCAGGAAAGCGGAAGAGCGACUCGCAGUCAAGGCGGUCAUUGAGAAGGUCCUGAGCUCGAAGGGUCCGCGCGUGCGCAUUGACGAGGAUUCACUCUACGAUGCUCACAAAUCUUCCGACAUUGCCCAGUACCACAGCAACGUCCCUUCAGCAGGUGUGGUCUGGACUCGUGCUAUGCGCAGGCUCUACGUACUCGUCGCUGAAGCGCUACGCAACAACGAGCCUGUACUCCUCAUUGGCGAGACUGGAUGCGGCAAGACGACUGUAUGUCAAAUGCUUGCGGAUGCCUCUGGUAAAGACCUUCACAUUGUAAACGCACACCAGAAUACGGAAGCAGGUGACUUGAUCGGUGCGCAGCGACCCAUCCGAAACAGAGCUGCCAUAGAGGCGUCGCUGGUCGAUGAGUUGCGCGCUGCUUUGGGCACCGAUGCGUCCGCCGAUACGAAGCUUGGGGACCUCCUGCGAGCUUACGAUGCUCUCGGCAAGGCCAGUCUGGAAAAACAAGUCCCACCGGAGCUGCGAAGAUCCAUCGCUGCUCACAGGACGAAGGCUGCGGCUUUGUUUGAGUGGUCUGAUGGUAGCCUCGUCCACGCCAUGAAGUCCGGGCAAUAUUUCCUUCUCGACGAAAUCUCUCUGGCCGAUGAUUCUGUGCUUGAGCGGCUGAACAGUGUGCUAGAACCCUAUCGGUCGCUGUUGCUCGCAGAAAAGGGGUCAGACGACUCUUUUGUCAUCGGAUCAGAAGGGUUCCAGUUUCUGGCAACGAUGAAUCCAGGUGGAGAUUAUGGAAAGAAAGAGCUGUCGCCGGCGUUGCGCAACCGCUUCACUGAGAUAUGGGUACCUGCGAUGUCUGACCUUGAGGAUAUCCUACAGAUUGUUGAGGCGAAACUGAAUCCUCAUGCGAAACGUUUUGCCUCGGCUCUCGUCUCGUUCGCACAGUGGUUCAAUACCAGAUACAACACUUCCGCUGCGUCGUCAAUAUCAAUCCGCGAUACUCUGGCAUGGGUUCAGUUCAUCAAUCGACGGAGUGACUCGGACCCAAUCUUCGACAUUGUCCACGGCGCGGCCAUGGUGUAUGUCGAUACCCUAGGUGCCAACCCGGCAGCAAUCCUGGCUAUGUCUCCUGCCAGUGUCGACGAAGAGCGGAAACAGUGUCUUCAUCACCUCGGCAAAUUACUGGGUCUGGACGCUAUGGAGAUUUACAAUACCUCCGUCGACAUUACUGCAUCAGACGGAUGGCUGAACAUUGGUCCUUUCUCAGUGCCAAGAUCGCCUUCGGCAACUGUUGAUGCACGCUUCACUUCUUCCGCCCCUACUACGAUGUCCAACCUUGUGAGAGUCGCUCGUGCUCUGCAAUUCACGAAACCUGUGUUGCUCGAAGGCAACCCGGGCGUUGGCAAGACUACCCUGGUAACAGCCCUGGCUAAGGCAGUUGGCAAGCCAUUGGCCCGUAUCAACCUGUCCGAGCAGACGGACCUCAUGGAUCUCUUUGGUUCCGACGUACCUGUCGAAGGCGCACAAGCUGGAACAUUUGCUUGGCGAGACGCUCCGUUUCUCAGGGCAAUGAAGAGUGGGGAGUGGGUCUUGCUGGAUGAGAUGAACCUGGCUUCCCAAUCCAUUCUCGAAGGACUCAACGCUUGUCUCGAUCAUCGUGGCGAGGUCUACGUCACAGAGCUUGACCAAACUUUCACUCGGCAUCCAGAUUUCCGGGUCUUCGCCGCGCAGAAUCCGCACUACCAAGGGGGAGGGCGGAAGGGAUUACCGGCUUCAUUUGUCAAUCGCUUCACUGUUGUUUAUGCUGACGUUUUUAGGCCGGAAGAUUUGUUACUGAUAUGUAAACAAGUCUUUCCCGAUUAUCCAGACGACGACAUCCAAAAGCUCAUCAGGUUCGUUGCGGAGCUCGAUGCUAAUGUUGUACAGUACCGACGCUUUGGCGCGCAAGGCAGUCCUUGGGAGUUUAAUUUGCGAGACACCUUGCGCUGGUUACAACUUUUGACUGCCAAGGAUGGACUCUUGCCGGCUGGCGAUGCUCGCGACUUCCUCGAUACCGUAUUUACUCAACGCUUUCGAAACCCAAGCGACAGGCAGUCUGUGGCUAGCCUGUUCUCGACUGUGUUUGGCAUGACACUGCAGCAACGUGAUUACUUCCACAACCUCAGUAGUCGCAGCUUGCAGGUCGGCCUUGGAUGUCUGCCAAGGGAGCCUCUGCUGCAAAUGAGUCCAGAUUCUGGUCGCUGUUUUGCUAAGCCAUAUCUGGCCGCUAUGGAGUCCUUAAUGAUCUGUGUCCAGCAGUCCUGGCCGGUCAUACUUGUAGGGCAAUCCGGUGCAGGCAAGACAAGUCUUGUAAAGCAACUUGCUUCUACCGUUGGCGCAAAUCUCGUCUCGUUCUCGAUGAAUGCAGACAUAGACGCCAUGGAUCUUGUAGGCGGCUACGAACAAGUUGAUCCUUCACGGCAAGUGAAUGCGUUCUUCGGCAAGCUUCAGACUUUCCUUCAGCGCGAAGUUGUUCAUUGCGUUUCCUCAGAGUCGACUCGACUCCGUCAGGCUUCUAAGCUUCUUGACUAUUUCGAGACAUCCAAUCAAACCGGCUCUCUGAAUCUUGCUGAGAUAUGCACUGCUCUCGAAUCGCUUGGCAGCGAUAGCAACUCGGUCGAGUUGCAAUCUCUUGUCUCCGAAGCCCAUCUGCUUCAACUGAGGUCAGACACAAUUGACCGAGCUCAGUUCGAGUGGGUCGACGGUCUUCUUAUUCAAGCGCUGGAGCAGGGCAAAUGGCUUGUGCUCGAUAACGCCAAUCUUUGCAGCUCGUCUGUUCUAGACAGACUAAACUCGCUGCUCGAGCCCGGCGGCUAUCUUAGCAUCAACGAGCAUACCAACGAGAACGGUGGGGCAAAAGCAGUGAAGCCACAUCCUACAUUCCGGAUCUUCAUGACGAUGGACCCGAAGUAUGGCGAGCUGUCCCGCGCUAUGAGGAACAGGGCUGUCGAGAUCUAUCUCCUUCCUAGUACUGACACGCAGAUCCAUGAGAUAUAUCCAGCACCAAUUACUUCUCCUUUAGAGUCUUCCAUCUACAGAUUUCGUCACAUCAGGCAAUCUAUGUCUUCAACAUCAGCAACCAAUGGUAGUGUCAUUGACAUAUCCCUUGACCACCUAUCUUUCGAAGAUUCACCUCUUCUCUCUGCGUUUCGGGAACAAGCUGUUGCAGGGCUGGUAGAAUUUCGAGAUGCAACGCUGCAAGAUACCUUCAAUACAAAGCUCGAGGGCUGGAUCAGCGCCGGAUUACUCGGUGACUGGACGUCCAUGGCACUGCAAUGGCAAGCUUGGUUGGCAGGCUUCUCCAACUCACAAGAGGAUUUCCGGCAAGCGCAGACUAUCCAUCCAUUAAACAAUUCAGCGCUAGUACAAUACAAUGCAUCAAAUACGUCUCAAGCCUACUCCCUCGCCGCACUUUUCGACGUUUGUCUCGAUGUUUCGAAAAUGCAACAGACCUGGAAUCGGAUCAAGAGAGAGACAAACGAGAAGAGGGUAGCGAACAUGACACGUCUGGAAAGGUCUUUCGCUUCCGCUGCUCGCAUCCCGAAUCUCGCACAGGAGUCUACGGCUGGUGCUGCGGUUUUCUUGAGGGAUGCACCUGUCGAUUUCUUGGGACGCGUCCGUGCAUAUUGGUGGAACUUCCUGGCCCUGGUUCAUGCACCGUCCUUCGAUGAAGCUGUAUUCCAGGUGUAUCUCACCCUGGGUCAAGAGGCACUUUCCUCGUUCGAACUAACCAUGCCGUCAUCUGGUUCUCUGCUGCGAGCGUUGAAGAGGGCUGUCGCGAGCUUCAGUGCCUCAACGAAGCUUACUACCGGACUCAGUAUGGAACGAAUAUGGAAGAAAUUCAGACCCCAAGUACCCCCAGACUACGGCCGUCUACAGGUCUUACUACGGUUGGAAGGGCUUGCGGAUCGGUUUGAUGAGGACAUGUGGAAAUUCAAGGCAUCUUUGACUGAGCUCUGCCGUAUACGUAACGCACUGAGCGAUGCUAUCAACCUUGUCCUGACGGAAGGCGUGGAUGCCGAAGGCCUCAUUAACACUUUCGAUGAGGCAAUCAACAACCUCAGUAAUGGCACACAAGAGGAUGCAACACUGACGCCGUACUUUGAAUCUGAGUUUGAGGGUAUCUGUCAGUACUCGGACAUCAGCAGUUCCGAUGAUAUACAAACAGCCCAACUUCGGCCAAUACUGCAGCUUCUUGCAGGCAGGUCAACACGCCAUACCUUGCGGCGCAGCAGCCCAUUGACAAGAACUCCCGCCGAAACACUCAAGAAUCUUUCCGAUUACUUAGGCGGUGAUUCUUCAGACAGGCGUGCCGUGGCGCUCAAUGAUUAUCUAAGUAUUUCUCUCCUCCGCAGGCUUACGGGCGUCGGGAGUGUGUCCCUAGCGCAGCUCGAUUUGCUGGACGCUGAGCUUAAAACUUUGGGGGAAAGCGUUGCUCUCGCAGCGCCAAGAUUUGUCCAGGACCAGGUGUCAGUACUGGAUGUGUCUCUCCGGCUGCUCAUACGCGAGCUCCUGGGUGCUCACCAGCAUUACUUUGAAGUGAAUCCAGGGACAGAAGCAGCCUCUGGAUUCGAAAUGACCCUGUCAAGUAGCUUGCCGCAGGGACACUACUUCCGAGACAUCUUCAGUGCUUUCCUCGAAAGGCCACUGCGCUACCUUGAUACCGCUUAUGCUGCUCGACAUGAGAAAUGGGCCGCCGCUGGCUGGGCAUGGAUAAACUUCGCCCUGGGUAGCAUGCUUCUUUACAUCCCGGACCGGCCGUUCGAUCCUGCGUUGAGACCUGCCGUCGAACGCCAAUGGUUUGCCAACUACAAGAGCGAUGUUGAGGGCAAACUUAUUGCUCUACAGCAAUUCGAGCUUUUGUUCACAGGACAGUUGGAGAAUCUCCGAACACGGCUGCUUGAAAGGGAACUUGUAGAGCUAGGAGCAGAGCCGGUGGUACCUGCGAUUGCUCGCCCGCCCAUGUCCGAACUGAACCAGCUGCAAGGAGAGUUCACCAACCUACUAGGACUUCUCAAAACUGUGGUAUCUGCCACGCGCGAAAAGGGCAGCGAACCCAUCCAGGACUCAACGCUACAGCAGAACCUUCUCAGGAUCAACGAGCGGUUCUCCACAGGCUACCGAGCCUACGAUGACAUCACUGCACCUGUGGUAGGCUUUCUCCAUUGUCUUAAUGUUGGCAUUGGCUUGGUCAGUGCUGGCGAGCGUAGAACCAGGCCUACUCCUGAUCAUUUCUACCUGGAGUCAGUCUUGCACCGGGCAAACGCAUUCCUCGGCCGCGCUAAAGAUUAUUGGCUCGACGGCUACCUAGCGCAGCCAAUACAUCUGACGAUGGUUGAGCCGGCGAUUCGGCUUCAUAGGCUAGCUUCGUUGUCCUUAGGCGUAAGCAUCCAGCCGGAAAGGAGUGGCCCUGCGCGUGUGCGUACCGUAAUCCACGACUGUUUCGAAUCUUUCUAUCGCACCUGGAAAGAGCAACUCAGCUCAGAUCAGCAAAAAGCCGCAAUGAAGUCAAGUUUGUUCAGGUAUCGCGAUGGGCAAGAGGUGGAAGACGACGCUGCUGAGGAUGAGUUUCAGGAUCUGUUUCCGAGCUAUGAGCAAGAGAAGGCACUGAACCUCACAUCAGAGGAUGUAUCGUUCCAAGAUCUCGCACCAGAGCUAUCUGACUUACAUGCGGCCAUAUUUGUCAACAGACAAGAACCAGUCGCAAAGAUGAGAGCCUUACUCGAGCGCUCCGCCAAGAUUCUGGCAACAUAUUCCAACGACGCCGAGUCAAUUAUCCCCACUAAAGCUACGCUUCCCAGUGUGUUUCUCAUGAUUCAAGAGAAGCUUGGCUCACUACAAAACAUCGACGGACCACGACGGACGUACAACAUCUACACUGACCCGAACAUUAUCGAAGCCAGGAAACUGGUAGCGCUUGUGCAGAGGCUCCAGCGCCGCUUCAGACAACUGCGAGAAGUCUGGCCCGAGCACGCCACGCUCUCUGAGGUUCUUAACAUCUGUACCGAGCUCCUUGCGUUCCGUCACAUGGAGCCAGUGGCCAAACUCCUGACGAAGGGCGAGCAGUUGCACGCCACAGUCUACGAAUGGCAGCGUGUAGCAAGCAAAGAGUACAGCGCUGCUUCGUUGUACGAUGAGCUCACAAAUCUCCUCAUCAGCUGGCGACAGCUCGAGCUGACUACUUGGGCACGACUGUUCGAUAUCGAAGCGGAGAAGUGCGUUGAGGAUGCAAAGCGCUGGUGGUUCGUUGCCUACGAAAACAUUGUUGCCGUACCUGAGGCUUUGCUCUCUUCCGAACAAGACAUGAAGACUCAUGCCCGAGAGCUCGUCAAGACAUUGGAAAGCUUCAUCCAUUCGACUAGCGCGGGCCAGUAUCAGCAGCGCCUUCGUCUCCUAGAGCAAUUCCAAGAACACCUAGCUAUGCGUAUCCAGGACGAGCCAGCUUUGCAGCCGGUUCACGCAGCCCUCGCGCACUUCAUCAAGUUCUUUGCCCGCUUUGAGCAGCCUGUCAAUGCUACGCUGGCUAAAGGACGCCAGACUCUAGAGAAAGACAUGAGAAAUGUAAUACAGCUUGCGGGCUGGAGAGAUAGAACAAUAGAUGCGCUGCGCCAGAGCGCGAAGACAUCCCAUCGUAAGCUCUUUAAGCUGGUACGGAAGUUUAGGGCUCUCCUUGGUCAGCCUGUGGAUGCGAUUCUCAAGCAAGGACUGCCCGAUCUGAUCUUCCCUGACCUGACCGAGCGCCAUAUGCCCAUUCGAUCGGAUGCGGACUCGAAGGCUCUCGAAGAGUGCGAGUCCGGCAUAUCGGAAUGGGUAUCAAGACCUACCCGCUUCAUAAACCUGACAGCGACGACUUCCUUGAUGCGCAAGAUGGCCAGAGCGAACGAGUUAGCUGUCGAUGGCCCAGCCUAUAUCGAGUCUUUCUUAUCCAAUCUUGAAUCGGAGAUGGUUAAGCUCCGAAAGGCGACUCCGUCGAUCUUGACGGAAGAGAACAAAGAUACUGUCCAGCAACUGAAGUCGAGGAAACGCAGACUUUUUGCGGACACGCUGAAAGAAUUGAGGCAAAUGGGCUUCAAGUCAAAUCUUGGGGGCGAUGUACUCGAGAUGCAGGAGUCGCUGUCGACCGUGCUAGCAUCCUUGCCAGUCUUACCCAAGGCGUGUGGAGACGAGCUUCAAGCUGCGGCCGAACACCACCUUUACAAAGCUCUUGACCUCAUGGCUUCUGUCCGAGACGUCAAGCGAGAACACUCAGGCGAUUUGACAGCCAACGAGGUUGCUAGAAGUGUCGGGUUUCUGGAAAGCUUAUUGCAUACUUCGAUUACGCAACGAACGUUUUUGAGCCAAAGCAUUACACACUCAUCUACUCUUGGCGCAGUGGUCAAACAAGCCGAAGCGCUCUGGGCGCCGGACAAGUACGAGCUCUAUCCCGCGUCCCUGCACGACACGUUGGCAGCCAAUACAUCCGAACGCAUCGUGGCAUGGUUGUUGCCCAUUGCUACCUUGGGCGCGGACGUAGUCGCCGCUCAAGCAACUCUGGGAAAGUUUGACGUGUCUGCAUUGGUGAAUGACUUGCGCAGCUAUGCAGCGGCUUUCCAAGCCUUGAACGAGGAGACCAGAAGUCUGCCGCCAGCUCCAGAAGGACUCCAAACCAGCAGUCACAUGGAGCUUGACGACCGCCGUCAGGUCGCCAUGAAAGAGUUUAACCACAUCCUCCAUGGCUGGAAAGAGACAUAUCCGGUCCUUGCUCCUGUCCUGGAUCACAUGAUACCUUGGGCAGAUUACGAGGACUCCACCACUCCUAACGGUCACAUCAUCAAUGGCACGCGAAACCUUGAAGCGGAUACGGUUCGCGAUCAAAUGUUUAAGACUCUGGACGACAUACUUGGCUCGAUCCAGGAUCUAGAGAAGGCCCAAACCUCACUGCCGACAUCGGUCGAAGACGCCACAUGGUUUAUGACGGAAGAGCAGACAAUCACAAGAAGUCUAGCGGCGUUGCAGGGUCCGCGGAUCGCUGCUUCUCUCAGUGCUCUCCUGGGAGGACUACGGCAUGUCAAUGUCCUGCGUUCUGCAACCGCCUUGUUCGCUGCGGUGCUGUCGAUACUACAGCAGUACGUGCAGAUAUAUCAGGAGGCCCUUGCACGGUUCGCAUCUCACCAUCAAGCAACGACAAAAAUGACAUGUCGCCUCGCCAAGGCUUUUAUACAGAUAGGCACACAGGGCUUCUGCAUGCCGUCCGAGAAGUCGGAUGAGAAGGGCGACUCGGGUGACAAGCUUGAAGAGGGCACUGGUCUAGGAGAGGGAGAGGGGGCGGAAGACAUUAGCAAAGACAUACAGGAUGAUGAAGAUUUAACUGAGCUGGCGCAGGAGCCGAAUCAAAAGACGGAUCGGGAGGAGAUUGAGGAUGAGAAGGAUGCUGUCGACAUGGCAGAUCAGGAGAUGGAGGGAGAUAUGGGUGACGCACCGGAGAAGGACGAGGACGACGAAGCACAAUCUGGCGACGAAGGGGAUAAUGAAAGCAUCGAUGAAGAAGCUGGAGACGUCGACGAUCUCGGCCCAUCGACAUUGGAUGAGAAGAUGUGGGACGAUGGCGGAGAGGAAGCCGACAAAGACAAGGAGGGUGAUCAGAAUAAAGGCAUGAGUAAGAAAGACGAGCAAGUUGCCGGCCAGGACAAGGAAGGCAAGCCAGAAGAGCAGCAAGGGGAGGAGAUGGAGGAAGAGAUUGAAGCUGGGGCGGAAGAAUCUGAGAUGGUCGGUAGAGAGGAGAUGGAGAAGACGGACCCGCAUCUGCAGGAAGGCGAAACUCUAGACCUUCCGGAUGAGCUUGAUAUGGACAACAAGUCGGAGGGAUCUCAGCACGACUCCGACUUUGAAGGUAUGGAGGACAUCCAAGAUGGAAGGGAGGAGGAUGCGGAAGAGCCUGAUGGUCCUGGAGAUACCGCUACGCCGCCCGACGAGAGGGACGCAACUCCGACAGAGGACGCAGAGGUUAUGCAAGAGGAGACUGGCGACGAACAAGAGGCAGAGAAGGCCACAGAGCCCGAGAACACCGACGAAGCAGAACAAGGUGCCGAAGACGAAGGUCAGCUUCAGCUGGCUGACGAGCGCGCAGGCGCCGAAGAUGUUGCGGAGAGCGAGGUUCGCGGAGCUGGGACCAACGCCCAAGAGCAAGCCAUGGAAGACCAACAAGCCACAGCUAGCGCAAGCAAACAAGAAGAAGGGUCCAAAGGCGAGGCUUCUGAGCAGGAAGAGGUACAAGCAUCUGCAGAAGACGGACAACGAGGUCAGGCUUCCACCAGAGAUGCCGUUGGUAAGAGCGACGAUGAUCUUCAGGACUCUGCAGACAGCCAGCCAUUCAAGAAACUUGGCGACGCGCUCGAGCAGUGGUACAACCAGCGGCGGCAGAUUCGGGACGCCAUCAAAGACCAAGAGCCGCUCAACCAGCAACUCAAUCAGGAUGUGGACAUGGCUGAUGCCGAGUUCGAGCACUUGCACGAUGACCAGACCCAAGCCGACACGCAAGCCCUCGGCGCUGCUCAAGAGGAGCAAGUACGUGCUCUGGACGAGAACAAAGCUUUGGCCUCGAACGACCAAGAGCAGGCAACGGAGGCUGUGCCCGAUUACGUUGAUGUUGAUGGGGAUGAGGUCGAAGAUGCACCGAUGCAAGAUCAUGAGCCCAGUGCAACUACGCAGCCGCGAGGUGGAGAAGAAGGCAGACCAAACGCCUUUCAAGGAGAUCACAAGGACAUGCCGAUCGAUCAACUUGAUGAUCAUAUGGACGGCAUUGACGAUGAGCGGGAAGACGAUGUGGAGGAAGUCGACACAGCUCUGUCAACAAUUCAUCUCGACCAAUCGACUCCAACUCCUCGCUCAGCGGACGAAGCGCGACGCCUCUGGACCCACCACGAAUCAUCCACCCGCACCCUCUCGCAGUCCCUCACCGAGCAUCUGCGCCUCAUCCUCGCACCAACACUCGCCACAAAGCUCCGCGGCGACUUCCGCACCGGCAAGCGCCUGAACAUGAAGCGCAUCAUCCCGUACAUCGCCUCUUCCUACAAGCGCGACAAGAUCUGGCUCCGCCGCAGCCAGCCCAGCAAGCGCAGUUACCAAAUCAUGCUUGCACUGGACGACAGCAAGAGCAUGGCCGAAGGCGGAAGUGCUGACCUCGCUUUCGAAACUCUGGCGCUUGUGUCUCGCUCGCUGUCUAUGCUUGAAGCGGGUGAGCUCUGUGUGGUCCGUUUCGGCGAGAACGUGGAGGUGGCCCAUCCGUUCGAGACACCCUUCUCUUCUGAGGCUGGGGUCGAGGUGUUCAGGCGCUUUGGAUUCCAGCAACAGAAAACGGAUGUGCGGAAGCUGGUCACGGAUGGCAUUGAGCUGUUCCGCGAAGCUAGAAUGCGGGCCACCAGCUCUGGCGCGGAGCUCUGGCAGCUCCUCAUCAUCAUCUCCGACGGCAUUUGCGAAGACCAUGCCACAAUCCAGCGGCUCAUUCGCCAGGCGAUGGAGGAGAAGAUCAUGGUCGUUUUUGUCAUUGUGGAUGCCGCAAACCAGGCUCCUCCGCAAGGGAAAGCGGAGGGCUCGAAGGGCGGACAGAGCAUCCUUGACUUGCAGACUGCGGACUUUGUGCAGGUUGGUCAGGAUUUUAAGGUUGUGACGAAGAAGUAUCUGGACACGUUUCCGUUCAGGUAUUACCUUGUUGUUAGGGAUGUGAAGGAGUUGCCGGGUGUGUUAGCUACGGCGUUGAGGCAGUGGUUUGCGGAGGUGGUUGAUACUGCUGGUUGA